CGGGAGGCAGAAAGCCUGGGAUAUAUUUACGAGAGAGAAAAGGGGACGAUAGUGGGGGGGGGGAUACGUGAUGAGGAACUAGAGGGCAUAUGGGAAGGACAUCAAACUAGGACUUGGAGAGAAGAGAUGUGACAGCGGCAAGUGCAGAGCUCCUGAAGAAAUACGUUGGUCUCAAUCUUUGAUUAGGAUCCAUCAUUUAAAAAAAAAAAAGUCAGAGAAAGAGCAGGGAGUUUUUUUUCCUCCCCUCAGCAGAAGAAAGUGAGACAGGUGUCGAGGCAGACAGGUGGACGCUCCGACAUGCUGCCCGUCUUUUUUCUUCUCUGCGUGCUCGCCGGGGUCGGGGCAUCCGGGGCUAACGAGCGCAGGCAGGGAGCAGCGGCUUCGCCGUGCCCGUUGGCAUGCCAGUGCGAACAAGACACCAUCUUCAUCAUGGUGGACUGCUCCGAGGCGGGACUAUCGUCUGUGCCCGGCGACAUCAGCCCGCUCACCACUUACUUGGAUCUAAGCAUGAACAACAUCAGCGAGAUUGAGCCCAGGGCCUUCCACCGACUGCACCUGUUAACCGAACUGCGGAUCUCUGGCAAUCGGCUGAGGUAUAUUUCAGUCCACGCUCUCCAGGGUCUGCACAACCUUAAAGUUUUGAUGCUACAGAACAACCACAUUGAGAAACUUCCCGAUGAUGCUCCGUGGGACCUACCAAACUUGCUUUCACUGCGUCUGGACGCCAACCUUCUGUCUGAAGUUCCCGCUGGCGCAUUUCGAGGAGUGCGCUCUCUAAGACACCUGUGGCUGGAUGAUAAUUCCCUGUCAGAAAUCCCAGUAACGGCCUUGGCUGCUCUACCAUCCCUUCAGGCCAUGACCCUGGCCCUCAACCAGAUCACGCAUAUUCCUGAUGAUGCAUUUGCCAACCUCUCUGCACUUGUUGUUCUGCAUCUCCAUAACAACCGAAUCCAGAUGAUGGGAAUGAGAUGUUUCCAAGGUUUACAUAGUCUGGAGACUCUGGAUUUAAAUUACAAUGAACUCCAGGAGUUCCCCGUGGCCAUCAGGACACUGAGUAAGCUUCAGGAGCUGGGCUUCCAUAACAACAAUAUCAAAGCCAUCCCCGAGAGGGCCUUUGUGGGAAACCCUCACCUCCAAACCAUCCAUUUUUACGAGAAUCCCAUCCAGUUUGUGGGAAAAUCCGCUUUCCAGUUCUUACCAAAGCUGCACACACUUUCCCUGAAUGGAGCCACCCUAAUUCAAAACUUUCCUGACCUGAAAGGAACAACCAGCCUGGAGGUUUUGACACUGACUCAGGCGGGUCUCUCCACUCUCCCUUUGGAUCUAUGUGAACAGCUGCCUCGUCUCAGAGUGUUGGAGCUGUCAUCCAACCAAAUCGAGCGCCUGCCAAGUUUUUACCACUGCUCUGCGCUACAAGAAAUAGGGCUUCGGCAUAACCAAAUCACCAGGUUAGAGUCCGGUACCUUCCAGCAGCUGGCCUCGCUAAAAACACUGGAUUUGAGCUGGAACAAGAUCGACUGGAUUCAUGAAGAUGCCUUUGCCUCUUUACAUUCUUUAGUCAAAUUGGACCUGAGUGAAAACAGACUCAGCUCAGUGCCGUCUACAGGACUGGCAGGUCUCACCCAUCUUAAGCUCAGAGGAAACAUCAAAUUAUACCAUUCCUUCAGCCCUGAUCACUUCCCUCGUAUGAGGGUGAUUGAGAUGCCGUAUGCCUACCAGUGCUGCGUCUACGGUUCUUGUGAUGCCUACAAGACCAUCAGCCAAUGGGACACUGACGAUGACCUUCACAAGAGAACCGCUGCAAUUUAUCCACACCAACCUGACACACAUUAUGACCCUGACCUCGAGGAAUUCCAGCUAGAAAUAGAGGAGUCCAAACUUCAGGCCAGUGUCCAGUGCACUCCCACACCAGGUCCUUUCCGUCCCUGCGACUCUCUGAUGGGAAGCUGGUUGGUUCGUGUCGGCUUAUGGACCAUCUCCCUGGUGUCUCUGCUGGGGAACUCACUGCUGCUCCUUUCGCUCUUCAACUCGCCCUGCUCCCUGUCUCCACUCCGAUUCACCGUGGCCUGCAUGGGUGCCGCUAAUCUUCUGACGGGUGUUUGCACGAGCACAUUGGCUCUCGUAGACGCUUUAACAAUGGGAGACUUCAGUCAACACGGCGCCCCCUGGCAAGGAGGACUCGGAUGUCAGGUGACGGGAUGGGCAUGGGUGCUCGCUUCCGAGGCAAGCGUGUUGCUGCUGACGCUGGCGGCUGUGCAAUGCGGCGCUAGCGUGACAUGCGUCCGCAGCUUCGGGAAAGCGCCGUCACUGAGAAGCGUGCGGAUAUCGGCACUUGUAUGUUUGACUCUGUCGCUCGUCCUGGCUUGUUUGCCCUCGUUUGGAAUCGGGGAGUACGGAUCGUCGCCUUUCUGUCUACCGACGCCUUUACCGCCUUCUGCCUCCCAGCAAGGAUCGUCUUUAAUCUUUCCUUUGGUGCUAAUCAUGAUGAACACCCUGUGCCUACUCGUAGUAACUUGUUCAUACAUCCGUCUUUACUGGGAAUUACUUCGAGGAGACUGCGAAGGCCUGUGGGACUGCGCUAUGAUCAAACACGUGGCCUGGCUGAUCUUCACAAACGGCCUCCUUUAUGUGCCGGUAGCUUUCUUCUCCAUCUGCUCGCUCCUGGGGCUCUUCUCUCUCGGAGAGGAGGUGCUCAAAUCAAUCAUUUUGCUUCUUCAGCCUCUACCCGCCUGCCUGAAUCCACUACUGUUCCUCCUUUUCACCCGACACCACUCCCGGUAUUUUUUCUGGUAUGGCCCAAAAGCGCCUCUUCAACUUCGCCGCGACCGUACCGUAGACUCGCUGGUUUCCGUGGAAACGGAAAAGAGCUCCUGCUCGGAAACGUCGACACAGCUUUCUCUCGCGGAUAUCGACAGCCUGUGCGGCGGGGACCCGAUCGGAUCGUCCCAGUGCUCCUCUACCUCCUCGGUUCCUCCGAUCUCUUGCCAGACACCUACUGUCAGAGCUGAAGAGCGACUGGGAGAACAAGGCAGCCUUGACAACAAAGCACGUCUGAAGACUUUGAAUCGCAACAACUGCCCGAUGCAUCGCUCAACCAUAACGGACUCUGUUGCUCCGAAUCCGUAAACGGGUCUGAGAUUACGGACAUUCGCAGGUCAUCAUGAACAGUGGCAGUCAAAACUAAUCCUGGGCCCAAGUCGACAAAGAACCGCUCAAUGAUACCGCAUGGAACAAAUGAGUCUUAUUGAGAAGCGGUCGAGUGCCUCUAAAAAGGGAAAGUUCCCGCCGCAAUAAGGAAUUAAAAUGCCAUUAUACAAAGAAAAAGGACCAUUUUAGAAUCUAUUCAGUGGACAGAGCUCAUGUACCGUAAUUUUCGGACUAUAAGUUCGCACCGGAGUAUAAGUCGCACCAGCCAUAAAAUGCCCAAAAAAGUGACGAAAAAAAACAUAUAUAUGUAUAUAAGUCGCUCCUGAGUAUAAGUCGCCCCCCCACCCAAACUAUGAAAAAAAAAACGCGACUUAUAGUCCGGAAAUUACGGUAAAAGCUGAAAGUAAAACACCUUGGGGCUGGACUUUAAAUACACCAAGGACAGAGUUUUAUGUAUAAAUGUUAUAUCGAAAUGUGAUUUUUCACGUGUGGCUUCAAAGUUACACAUUGCUUGGUUACGAUGAACUAUUUGUGUCUAUUCCUACUUUCUGUUGACAUGAAUCCUUUCAUUGUCAAGCUUGUCAGGUGAUUAACCAGAAUAAGCAAACAAAUUCAAAUGCGUGUAAGAAAUUCUUAUUGUUCUGUCUUAAACAUGAAAUAGAAACUUUGAGUGCGAUUAUCUGGAGACUUAAGGGUGGGUAGACCAACAGCGUGUACAGUUUAUGUAAUGUAACUACCUCCGACUUAGGAUGUCAUUGACUAGGAAUGCAAAGAUAGCAGUAUUGGGUGACAGACAUUCUGGUACACUGUCGACCUUUGAUAAAAAUUUUGAUUUUUAGGUGCGCCUUAUAGGGCGGAAAAUACGGUACUUGGUCUGAAAAGAAGUGCUAUCAGUGCAUUCCUAGUAUCGACUAACUACCGCUUUUAAAUGUUUCUUUUUUUUUUCCUAUGAUAAAACACCAAAUAUAUGAUUCUAUAUUUUAAGAGUCCUGUUUGUUUAAAACAAAACAUCGUUGCUAUAUAGGUUGUACAUACUAUUGUAUACAAGUUAGGUCUGAAUAAAAUGAUCCUUUUAUUCUGUA